AUGGAAUCGUCCUUAUAAUUUCCAGAACUAUAAUGUCCUGAACAUAAAUCUUAAAUAAUAUUAGUUUCACCAGACUUUUAAGAAGGAAAAAGAAACUUUUUGUGUUCAAGAUGUGUAGCCAGUUCUCACACUUCGAUGAAAGAAUUAGACAAAUUAGUAGUCUAUGAUGAUUUUGUAUAACACUUAAAUGAAUAAUCUGGAUUAAAUUUAAGAAAUUCAGAAGAUGCUGAGAAACUAUCUAUAUAAAGAAAUGAAAAUCUAAAAAACUUUAAAAAUCAUUUAAAUAAUUAAAAUAAGCAAAUAAGUGAAUUAAACGACUAAUUAAGAGCAAGUUAUGAAGAAAAAUGCAAAGAAAUGGUUAAAUAACUCUAAUCUACCUUAGAUAUUGAAUAUUCAGUACUAUAAAAUCACUACGAAAAAUUCUAGAAUGAAAUCUAAGCUGAUAAUGAAAAAGAAGCAAAUAUUCCUAAAUUUAAAGAUAUAAGAGAAUAAGUAAAUAAUGUAAAAGGCGACUUGACUUAGGUAGAGGAAUAUUUAUCUAAAAUUGUAAAAUAAAAGGAAUAAUGGAACAAGGCAUCUUAAGAUUUACGUACAUUAGGGUAAAGAACUCUUCAUUUGAAUUUAGAAUAAUCAUGUGUUUCAAUCUAUGUAUUAGAUUAACUUUUUUCUGGUUUAAAAGAUUUAGAAAACUUAACUGAUUUACAUAUUAACUUACAAGGAUGUAAGAUUGGUGAUUCAUUUUCUGUAUAUUUAGGUCAUGCAUUAGGUCAAUUGAAGAAUUUACAUAUUCUUUAUUUAAAUCUUUCAUUAAAUAAUCUCACAAAGAAAUCUGUAGAUAAUAUCUUCCAUGAUUUUGCUAACUUAAAUCAACUAUAACAUCUUCAUUUUGAUGGUAGAUAUAACGAUAUUAACGAUAUUAAUGCUUUGGUAAAUAAUUUGCACCUCUUGGAGAAAACCCUUACUCAUUUAAGUGUUUAUUUAGGAGGUUUUUCACAUAUUAGAAAUAAAGUAAAUGCUGAUUCUUUGAAAUUAUUUGUUAAAUAAAUUCGUGUUUUAAGCAAAUUACAUGUUUUAAAUUUAGAUAUGGGCUUUGUGGGUGUCGAAGAUGAUUUAGUUAUCGAACUAGCGUGUGUUUUGAAGGUUUUAGAAGAUUUAAGGGAAUUAAAAGUGUAAUUAUAUACUAAUGAUUUGGAAGGAAGAAGUUGUGCGAAAAUAGUUAAAAGUUGUUAAAAAUUACAUAAGUUAACCAAUUUGGAAAUAAAUUUCAAUAAUAAUGAAAAAAUAGGAAUUUAGGGUAUCAGGGAUAUUAUUAGAAACCUUAAAUAUAUGGAAUAAUUAACAGACUUGAGUAUUUUUUUGAGAAAUGUGGGUGCUAAAAGAGAAGAAGUACAUAAAGAAAAAGAAGAUUUGGAAAAAAAUAAAUGCGGAAAUAAAUUCUAGACUCUAAAUUUAUAUUUGUGA